CCUCUUCAGAAACGAGAGGUGAUGGAGACCUUGGAGAACAGUGAACUUUGCUUCCCGCAUCUCUUCAACGCCUCCUGCAGGAAGCCGAAGCGUUCUCAAACUGAGGCUGUGGUGAUUUUCAUCCUGCUGUCCUUUGUUUCUCUGCUCACUGUGUUCCUCAACCUGCUGGUCAUCAUCUCUAUCUCCCACUUCAAGCAGCUCCAAACUCCCACCAACCUCCUCCUCCUCUCUCUGGCCGCCUCAGAUUUCCUCGUUGGUCUCCUCAUGUGCUUUCAGAUUAUGCUCAUAGACGGCUGCUGGCUCCUCAGUGACCGUGUGUGUGUCACGUAUCAAUAUUUGGCAUAUAUCAUCACUGCUGCCUCAGUAGGAACCAUGGUGCUCAUAUCUGUUGACCGCUACGUGGCUAUUUGUGAUCCUCUGUUGUACUCCACAAAAAUCACAAUGAAAAGAGUUAAGAUCUGCAUCGGUUUGAUUUGGUUUUGGUCUUUUGCUUUCCAAACUAUGAAUCUGAGUGAUAAUCUGAAAGAACCAGGCAGGUAUAACAGCUGCAUCGGAGAGUGCAUCAUUGCCGUGAACUAUAUUGCCGGGCUUGCAGAUCUCAUAUUGAACUUCAUAGUUCCUGUUACUGUUAUUGUCGUGUUGUAUACAAGAGUGUUUGUGGUGGCUGUGUCUCACGCUCGUGCCAUGCGGUCCCAGAUUGCAGCCGUCACACUAGUAACUGUUAAAAAGUCCGAGAUUAAAGCGGCCAGGACUCUCGGAGUUGUUAUAGUUGUGUUCCUGUUGUGUUUCCUCCCGUUUUUCUGUGUCACCGUUGGGGGUGAAGACACUGUGAUCAAUUUUUCAACCGCUGCUUUUGUCAUAUUUAUGAUCUUCUUAAACUCCUGUUUGAAUCCUAUAAUCUACGCCUUUUUCUACCCCUGGUUUAGAAAAUCUGUCAGACUUAUUAUUACACUGAAGCUGCUGCAGAGAGACUCAUGUGAGGCCAACCUGCUGUAGAAAGGUGCAUAUUUCUUGUAUUGUAGUUGACUAACUUGGUUAUACUAUUGUUAUACUAUUGUUAUACUUAAAAAUACAAAUUACUGUGAAGCAACCCACUGAAUACACAGAAAUAUAAAAUAAAAAACCUUCACUUUGACUGGAGCUUAAAUCAUUUGAACAAACCUUUGCAGAAAACAGUGCUAUUAUAUUAGAAGCUUGUAUUUGAAUUUCCCUAUCACUGCAAUAUCGUUGUUCAAUCCUCUAUAUACUCACCAUGAAAAUGAACUUCCUAUGAGUUAUUACUUCUUAUUUUUCCAUAAUUGUGUAUUCAUACAUGUUAAAAUGCAUGCUUUUUAUUUAUUACCGUCACUUUGGACUAUGUUUGCUGCUCUAAUAUUGUACAUUACUCUUUGAAGGGACCAAUAAAUGACUUAACUUACA